AGUUUUGCGGCCAGUGCGGCGCUUCUCGAGUCGCGGUGUGUGUCGUGCCUUGCCUCCACUGUGCACUAAGUUCCAAUUUGAGUCAUGGUUGUCCUGUUUACUGACAGCUUAGUUGCAGCUACUUCUUUCUGAAGAUGUCAUGGUCACAGGGAGUGCAAAGGAAUGACUAAGCCAUGGCAUCGGUGGGCACAGCACUUCCGGAGGAGACGCGGUGGGCCAUCUUUCGAGCAACGGUGUUUAUCAGCAAUAUAACUACAAUGGAGCAGCCCACACGCACUGUCUACAUCAACAGAUAACUACAAAUGAACUCUUCUUUUUUUUGCCCCUCCUUAGUUGUCAUUUAGUUUUAUUCUUUUUCUUUAUUUUAAUUUUUAAUUUUUGCCCAUUAGAAGCUUAGUUUAUUGUGCAAACCCUCAAUUUCUUAUCGAACCUUCCUCUGGAGGCCUUGCUUCUCACACACUUUGUGUACAUAUCUCAUUCUGCCAAAGUGCUUACAUAGGAUUGAGUGCUUUAAAGGCUUCUUUCGUGUCUUUAUUUAAACUUGGAACACAUUCAAGUACUUGAGCGCUCGAGACAAGUUUGUUGCUGGAGGACAUUGGCAUCAAGUUUGUGAUACCUGAAGCAACUUCUCCGAGCGGACCUCUUUUUCACCGACUCUGUCAACAAGACAACAAGGUCUACCGAACACAGCUGAAGUAAAUUGCGAGGAAAACUUGCGCGAGCAAAGUAAACAUUUUACCCCUCGGGGAUCUAAGUGUUGUGAACUGUAGGCUUGGGGAGGAGUCUGCAAAAUAAAGAAGGAAAAGAGGCACACAAAAAUAAAGAGAGGCGUCGCCGAUGGACGCCGUGCGCAAGUACUUCAGCCCACGCCUACUAGACUACAUCGUUGUGUCUGGGGUCCGCCAACCCAACCGGAAUCUGCCCGUCCAGCCACCCGAGCUGCUGCGACGGUACCCCAUCGAAGACCAUGCAGACUUCCCGCUUCCGACAGACGUGGUGUUCUUCUGCCAGCCUGAGGGGUGCCUGCUUGUUGGGCCCAGGCGCACGAGCCUUCGCGAGUCGACGCCCUUCGUCUUCUCUCUCACCGAGAAAGACACGAGUCGAGUGCGGUACGGCAUCUGUGUCAACUUUUUCCGGCCCAUCGACCGGGCGACGCUGCGUACACAGCGGUCUUCGUCUGUCGAGAGUGGCGACGGAGGAGGCGGUGUACCCGAGUACCCAGGUGGGCGGCCCAUACCGGCACCCCGGGCAAGGCGACGCAAGCGCCUGUCGAGCCACUCUCUCGUGUCGCUGUGCAUCAUUAGCCACCACCCAUUCUUCUCAACGUUCCGUGAGUGCCUUUUUGCGCUACGCAAGCUGGUCGACUCAUCGCAUGAGCGCCUGCUGCUUGGCUCAAGGAUGGCCAACCGGCUACCCAGCAGAGACAAUGUGUGGAACGUUUUCCUAGGCCGUGUCUCUGAAGGGUACUCAAGUGCCGUCCUCCACGAAGUGAGAGAAAUUGAGACAUGGAUGUUGAAGCUGCUGAGUGCACCUGUUCCUGUGCCUGGCAAGACACGUGUUGAGGUUGCCAUUUUGCCUAGACGCGUGGAGCAGCCUCUGAUCUUUGCACUUCCCGACCACACUCGUUUCUCCUUGGUUGAUUUUCCGCUACACCUUCCGUUGGAGCUUCUUGGGGUGGAUACCUGCAUUAAAGUGCUCACUUGCAUUGUUCUGGAGCACAAGCUUGUGCUUCAGUCGCGCGAUUACAAUGCGCUCUGCAUGAGCGUAAUGGCCUUUGUCACAAUGAUCUACCCCUUGGAGUACAUGUUUCCUGUGAUCCCACUUUUGCCUACGUGCAUGGCAUCUGCAGAACAGCUCUUGCUGGCCCCAACACCAUUCAUUAUUGGUGUGCCGGCCACAUUCUUCAAGGUUAAGCGCUCCUUCUGCCUGCCGGAUGAUGUCUGGUUGGUUGAUCUCGAUUCCAACAGUGUGCUCAAACCGCCAGGUGUGGAGGAUCUUCCGCCACUGCCUGACCCUGAGGGAAGCCAUCUUGCAUACCACCUUAAACAGGCGCUUGCCUCUAUGAGCAUCAAUCCGCAGCCAAUCAAGAAUCUCGACCGGGUCCCCCCACCGAGGCCUUCUAUUGGUGGUGCCCCUGCAGACAAGCCACCUGAUGCACCUGCUCCUCUCUCCGGUUUCAACCCUUUCAUUUAUGGCAACGACGUCGACUCUGUGGACGUGGCCACGCGAAUAGCCAUGGUGCGCUUCUUCAAUUCUGUGGGAGUUCUCGCACACUUCAUGGAACACACGCGGACACUACGCCUCUACCCUCGUCCUGUUGUUGCCUUCCAAGUGAACUCCUUUUUGCACUCGCGUACAAAGCAGUCUAAUUUUUUGCGCAAGUUUGUUAGGACACAGGCUGUUGAAUUUUAUGCUGAGUGGUCUCUUUGCCCGACCAAUGUUGCUUUUCUUCGUGUACAUACAGGUGUGUUUGACCCUGCCGUGAUAGGAGAUAAGGGAAAGUGGUACUGCCACCAGCUAGAACCCAUUCAGUUCGACGUGUGGUCGGAAAAUUGCACGCUCAACAUCGACAUGGCUUCCAUAAGUCAAGCUGACGAAGCAAGCACGGGUGAAAGUGGCAGCGACAGUGAUGAUGCCAGCAGCACGAGCUCCUCCUACUCUUCCUUAAGCGACUUUGUCUGUGAUAUGGUGGAAUUCAAUGGGGAUCACUUGGGUGGAGCUCAUAUGGAAGAGGUAUCAGCAGCAAUACUCAAUCGUGCAGACUACAUGGCUGCAUUCAACCCUCCCAAGACUCUCCAGCUUCCAGGUGCAAGCCAGCAAAACCUGAAACGUACAGACUCCGAGAACUCUGUACACGGCUCUGUGUCUUCCUCCUCUCCAAGCUCUUCGCUUUCCAGCCCAACAGGUCAACCCCAAGGAGAUCCUGGAGAUGCAUUUGAAGCACCCAAGGCAGGUGCUAAGCAGGAGGCAAGGCCAGAGACCAGCGGGAUCGGAGGGAGCACUAGCAUUUUAGGCGGCGGCGACAACUCCAACGAGGGGGAGCCCCCGACACCGUCGACAGUGCGAUCUGGACGCAGUCCGGGAGGCAGCCUGAGCAGCGGUCGCAGCACACCGCCUGACACCACCAGUGGUGGCAGCGGCACUCCCCGCAGUGCCCCUCCUCUCGGAGGCCUAGGAGGCAUGCUGAACCGAGCAGGUUUGUCUUCCCAGGGAAGCCAGAGCUCACUGUUUGAGACUGUGGCGCGCGAGGCCAAGGAAGUGGCGCGCGAGGCCACAAAGGCUGCCGCAGAGGUCAGCCGCACUGCUCUGGAGGCCACCAAACCGGCUCGUGAGGCUGGCCGCAAAACACUCAUGAAGGCCUUGAGUGACCGGGACAAAGAGAAACAGGAGAGUGGCAGCAGCAAACAUCAGCAGCAACAGCAUUACCAGCAGCAGCAGCAGGCACAGCCGGCAUUGUUUCACCGCCGAGACUCGGGCUCCCUCAUGUCCACUGUGAGCAGCGAGCUCAACGGCUUUGCUGCACACACCUCCAACGUCAUCCAGGGCAUCUCUGGGCUCUUUGGCAACAGAGUGUCGGCUGCUGUUAAGGGUAGGGAAAGAGCACCUCCAUUCGGACCCUUCCCCAAAGCUAACAUGGGAAGGAGGGGCCCUGUGGAACGGACCCCGCUCAUCAAGCACAUCACACCACAGCAGGGAAGAAGGGUCCAACCCCAGGAACAACCGCGCUCUGUGCAGACCUUCGAGGAACAAUCCUCAACGCAGAGCGACAACCAGCAGUUCCUGAAGGAGGUGCUAAACUCUGUGGUGAACGGCGAAGGCAUCAAGUGGUUCAAGAAGAACCGCAUUGCACGUCUCAUGGAGGAUGAAAGCUACAGGAACGUAGUAGUCCUGCGACUCAAUCGCACCCUCGAGCGAAGGGUUGGUCCUGACGGUCACAUCAAGGAUGUGAUGAUCUCCAAAGCAGUGUAUAAGGGAACCCUGCGGAUGCUUCAGUUGGUGAUUGGAGGCCUGGAGCACAGCUACAACAACUGUGGCAUGGGGGGAAUGGCCAGUGCCAUGCAGGUCUUGGAGAUCGCCCACACACACUUUUGGACCAAAGACCUUAGCGCUGAGGCUGGCAUGCAGGAGAGCGUCAGCAGCAGCACCCGUGGUUCCAUCAGUGCCGCCUUUCGGCCGCAAAGCACAGAGCCUAGCAGCUUCCUGGACCACUCUGCCGCAUCCUCACGAAAAAACUCCCUCUGUGCCCAGGAUGGACGAUGUAACAACCGUAGCUCAGACACUACACCAUUUGGCAGUGGUGAACACUUGAACAGACAGCCAGGAGACUCGUUGAGAGCAGAUGACAUCACAGCAUCAUCUGACACUUAUGGAAACAACAGCCCUGUGGAUGCUUCUCCACAAAGAGACGACAGAUGCUCCUUCGAUCGCGGUUCUCUUGUGGAUCAUCGUUUCAGCCUGACUGACAUGUCUCAGCACGCACCACCACCACCCCACCAACAGCACCCACUUCCGCAGAUGAAUGUGAUCCCUUCUACCGGAAGCAUCGACCAUUCAAACGAGCCAUCAGACAUGUUCCGGGGGCUACUCAAUGCCAAAAAGCUCGUCCUCUCAAAAUUGACAAGCAUCGACUCGGAGGUGUCGGACGCCGGCACAAGCCAGGGCUCGGAUUUGACGGUGCCCAGCGGCAAUGUCAGCGAUACAGGCAGCGUGACCAUGAACCCUGCCUUCUUUCGCCAGUCGCGUGGUGGAAGCAACGCCUCCUUUCGCUCGGCCGUCUCUGACAGUGAGGUGGAAGCGGGCGGCUUCAUGAUGUCACGGCAGAUGCGUGCCUCAAGCAUCUGGAGCACCAAGAGCAGCCUUAGUGGGGGCUUUGGGUUCACCAGUGGCAGCAGGAACCCCAGCGGCAGCCAGGCGGGCCAGGGGGCUAGUCCCAGUACACCCACCCGCUCGUCUCCGCCACCACAGUGCCGCACGUACAUAUAUCAGGGAUUGAUAGGGAAAGAUCGGGCCAAUAUAUGGAGUGAGCCUCAGUUCUGGGAAGAUGCCUUCUUUGAUGCUGUUGCUCAGGAACGCGACCUCAUAGGGAUGGACCAGCAGCCAGGGGUUUUGAUGGAAAGGUACCGGUACCUGUCAAGCCCAGAAAAGAAACGUCUGGAGCAUGAUGAAGACCGGCUACUGUCAACGCUUUUGUCCAACCUGAUCGCCUUCAUGCUGAUGAUGGAGGUUCCUGUGGAUGAGAUUCGCAGGCGGGCUCGCCGCUUGCUCGGGAAAUGUCACAUCAGCCUUGUCUACAGUGCGGAGAUCAACACCAUGCUGGACACACUUGACUGUGUGGACCAGAAUGGAACUAGGAUCAGGAAGUACGGAAAUGAAAUUGACCUCAAGCCCCUGGGAAGCCGACAGAUGCAGUCACAGUGUUUUACCGUUCACACCACCACAAACACUGAUGACGAGGAAGUGAGGUUUCUUGAGGUGAGGGACGAUGGACUGGUGCUGCGCGGUGCCAAUGGGGUUGUGAUUGAACGCUGGUGGUACGAGAGGCUGGUGAACAUGUCGUACUGCCCCAAAAACAAGGUACUUUGUCUCUGGAGGCGGAGCUCAGGCCAAACGCAACUCCACAAGUACUAUACAAAAAAGUGUAAAGACAUGUACUACUGUAUCAAGGAGGCGAUGGAGAGGGCUGCUGCCCAAGGAAAUGUGCUCAAGUCUGGCACGGAACUUGGAGGAGAGUUUCCAGUGCUGGACCUGACUACACGUGAAGGUGGCAUUUUGCAAGUAUGCAUGGAAGGCGUGGGCUUGCUUUUUGCCAAUAGCAAGGACUUUGAGUUCUUUGUAAGGAUAGAAAAUAUCAAGAGAUGCUACACUCAAAAGGAUAUCAUCUUUGUACUUGAAGAAUACAACCCUAAGACUCAUCGUAUUAUUGAGAGGAAGUAUGAGUCUAAAAUGGCAAAUGAUAUAUGCUAUGCAGUUCUCUGUGUUUUUUCAUACGUUGUUUCUGGUGAUCCCCGGCCCAGUCAUCCAUGAACUCUACAAAGUUGCAAGAAGCAGAGUUCACAUCGCCGACAACAAGGCGUUUAUAUUAUACAUAUAAAUAUAUAUAUAUAUAUAUACUUAGCAAAAGGACACUGUCGCAAGUUACAAGAUGUGUCAUGCGCUAGUUUCAGGCUUGCCAGAGUCAUGAGUGUGAGUGUUGCAUGGUCUGGAGCACGAUUGCUCCUGACGCUAUUGUACUUGAAAAAUAAAAGCACAUCGAUGUUACCCAAA